UUGCUAUGUUUUCUUCUGUGAAUACUUGGGAAUGAACUUAUGAGUUUUGCAGAUAUAUAACAAGCUAGGUAGCAUGUCUCAUCGCAAAUUUGAGCAUCCCAGACAUGGCUCAUUGGGCUUUCUCCCUCGGAAAAGGGCUGCUCGUCACAGAGGAAAAGUGAAGGCAUUCCCCAAGGAUGAUUCUGCCAAACCUUGCAGACUAACUGCCUUCUUGGGAUACAAAGCUGGGAUGACCCACAUUGUCAGAGAAGUUGAGAAGCCUGGAUCAAAACUUCACAAGAAAGAGACAUGUGAAGCAGUGACGAUUAUUGAGACACCCCCGAUGGUGGUGGUAGGAUUGGUGGGUUAUGUCAAGACCCCACGGGGCCUCCGCAGUCUCAAUACUGUUUGGGCUCAGCAUCUGAGUGAGGAUAUCAAGAGGAGAUUUUACAAGAACUGGUGCAAAUCAAAGAAGAAAGCUUUUGCCAAAUACUCAUUGAAGUAUGAAACCGAGCCAGGGAAGAAGGACAUUCAGUCCCAGUUGGAGAAGAUGAAGAAAUACUGCAAUGUCAUCCGUGUGCUUGCCCACACACAGAUCCGAAAGAUGAAAGGUCUUAAGCAGAAGAAGGCCCAUCUGAUGGAGAUUCAAGUGAACGGUGGCAAUGUGGCACAAAAAGUUGAUUUUGGCUACAACUUUUUUGAGAAGCAGAUCCCCAUUGAUGCUGUUUUUGGGAAAGAUGAAAUGAUUGACAUCAUUGGUGUGACCAAGGGUAAGGGUUAUGAAGGUGUGGUGACCCGUUGGGGCGUGACCCGUCUACCUCGCAAGACCCAUCGUGGGCUGCGGAAGGUYGCUUGUAUCGGAGCMUGGCAUCCUGCUAGGGUUUCWUUCACYGUUGCAAGAGCUGGACAGAAUGGUUAYCAUCACCGGACUGAAAUGAAUAAGAAGAUUUACAAGCUCGGGAAGGCUGGCCAGGAGUCCCAUUCUGCAAUCACUGAAUACGACAGGACKGAGAARGAUAUAACCCCAAUGGGAGGGUUCCCACACUAUGGGGUGGUGAAGGAUGACUUUCUGAUGAUAAAGGGGUGCUGUGUGGGACCSAAGAAGCGUGUGGUGACGUUGAGACAGUCGUUGUUGAACCAGACAUCGAGGCUUGCAUUGGAAGAGAUCAAGCUGAAGUUCAUCGACACAUCCUCCAAGUUUGGGCAUGGUCGUUUCCAGACUGCUGAUGAGAAGUCCAAGUUCUAUGGACGAACAAAAGCAUGAUAAAGAUUUAGAUGGAAUUUUGUUUGGUCAUGUUUUGUCAUUCAUACAGACCAUGGCUUGAAGAGAUUUUGGUUUUCCGAUUAAGAACUUGAAGUUUGUUUGGUUUUGUUGCUGGAAUUUGCAUGUUUAAAUAAUUUCACAGUUUUGACUCCUGCACUUGUGCAGCA